AUGAAACUCCAUCGCGAUGUCUCUGAGAACCCAACUUCGGGAGGGCUCACCGAGGUAAUCGACGCCGAGCGCGAGUCAGACAUCAAGAAGGACACUCAGUCCGACUUGCGGCUCAUGGCGAUUCUGUCCGCACUCCGGAACGGGUACCUUCCCUCCAACCAACAACUGGAUGGCUGGCUAGGUCGGCUGUCCACCUUCCUCGGAUCCACGAGACAAGAUGGACUCUCGGACGAGACAGUGACCGCUCUGGGUGCUACCAAGGCCCUCUCGGACACGGUGAGGCAGGUCCUGCGCGAGAAGGACGGGGACGAACUGCUGCAAGACACUCUGUCGAUGGCGUGGUUCGAGUCGCGGAGGGGGAGCCAUCGUCCACCGGCUCAACAUGCCUUCUCCGGUCCUUCGGCCAGAGAGGAGAUCCCCGUGAGCCAAGCCGACAAAUCUUUCGAGAGCGACCUGGCGCGCGAUGUCAAUGCUGCGGCACGAGAGGGGGGCGAAGGAGACGGCGAGCUGCGCAAGGCACUCGGAUAUAUCUGCACCUUGGGAACAAUACUCUUCACCAACCCCGAGUUGCGAGCCGCGAUAACAGAACUCACAGCACUUGCGCCAAAGCACGGCACCGACGCCGUAGGUGCGGAAGGCGGAGAUCAGGAUGGAAACGCCCUAAGCACAGCAAAGGAUAAGGGCGAAGCUGCUCCGAGUGCAGAUGUCGGCGCCUCAAGUAGCGACGACGCAGACGAUUGGAGGAAUGCCGGCGACUUUCAUAUCCCAGGGGCCUUCGGAGACCCCGACAGUGGAUGGGAUGAUGACAGCGACGUUUUCGUCGACGCCGAGACGUCUGUCACACUGGACCCGCGAGUCACCGCGUUCCUCCGCAAGCUCCGUGGUGCCAUUGCCAGUAUGCAGGAGCAAGAGGGCUACACGGAGGCGAUGACCUGGCUUCUAGAUACCUUCGCCGCGUACGAGUUCGAUGUCAUCGCUCAAACGCACCCCGAACUGGCGCCCGAACAUCAACCUCAGCCACGAAUGACGCCGACCCGUCGUAUCCUCACAAACCUCGUGACACUUGGGGAACGCUUCGCCGCCAACCGCUCCAUUGGCCCGAUCCAGCAAUCAAUCAACAAGCUGUACGCCUACAUUCUCGAAGACGAGGCCGCCCGCGGCCUGUCUGUCCAAAUCGAUUUCUUCCUUCGGAAGGUGUUCCUGGAGAAGGGGUACGUCAGCAUGGAUGCGUGUGUCGUGCGAGCGGCCCAACUAUGGGACGAUCUGAGCGCCUGGCUUUCAAACGAGGCGUAUGCUGCACAGUGGAACGCUGUUUGGGCGGGCGUGGAGCACUUUGUUGGGGUCGGUCAGGGAUUCAACAUCAAAUCGUACCAGCCGAAACUCGGAGGCUGGUUCUCAGAGGACGCUCUCACUCUCGAGCUCGACGCACGAUGGACCGCAUUCACCAACGCCCUGCUUCUUGAUAAUGGGCGGCUGGCAUUCAAGCGCGGACUUUGGUCGGAGCUUGGACGGCUCGCAGCCUCCGGAAUUAACUGGCGAGGCUUCAUCACACUUCCCCGGAUAGAACUCGUCACGCCCAGCGUGGAACUUGUACUUGAGAACAUCCACAUCUCACUGGCAAACCUGUUCCCAAGCAUCAUCGACUUCCAAGUCCAUGACCGCACACGAUUCAGUCCGUUCGCCGAGUUGCGCGCGAGCUGCGAGGCUGCGACCAAGACGCGUCUGCGGAUCCAGGCAGAGCAGCUACAGGCUGACGUUCGCAACUUGCCUCUGUCGUUGCGGUUUGCCAAACUGGGAUUCGCUGACCAAGGCAGAGUGAACAUUGCACUGACAAGGCGUGGUAUCUGGUUUGACGUUGAACUCGAAUUCGACACGCACCCCAAGGCCGAGCACGUCGUCCAGGCUCGUCGAAUUGAUAUCGGAAUCGACCAGUUGUCGCUCGUCGCGAAAGGCACAAGGCGGGACGGCUUGUAUGCGGUCCUGCUCCCUACCGUUGGCGCUCCCUUCCUCAAGUGGCGCCUGGCUUCCAGCUGGAAGAAGAAGCUGGCCAUGGGGAUCCAGCAACUCGACAGCGAACUGUGCAGGCUACGUGAUAGCCUCAACGAAAAGAAAGAGCGACGUACCACCGGCAAUUCAGAUCCGCGGGCGAGCACACGUCUUUUCAAAUUGCUGGCCCAGCGCCUGCAGGAGCUCCAGGCUGUCGCAGCUGAACAAGCAGCCAAAAAGUCCAGGGCUAUCCGGGCGUAUCGCAGGCGGCGGAAAAGGUCUAGCGCGUCUGUUAGUGACAGCUCGCAGGUGAACUCUGCCGCAUCGUCGGAGGACGAGAAGGCCAGUAGCAGCGACGGAGAGGUUGGCCCAGGAGAGCCCGAGCCACUGCGCGGAUUCCGCAUCAGCUUCGCCCUGGCCGACGCAAUCCUCCCACAGGUGACUGCCGAUCCGGAGCAAUCGCUGCUCUACCGUCGCGAACAGGCAGAGAAGGCAGUCCGUCGUUCGCCCCUGCACCCAAGGGGUUCCGCGUCCUCGAUGCGGUGCAGUGCGACGGCCACGGGCCUGGGUCAUACUGGACUCAGUGGCCGCCCGUGGCGGAACCCGAUUUUCAACUCUACGAACUGA